AUGGCUGAACUUUCAGAGCCAGAAGGUACUGUAAACUGGAAGGAAAGAUGUUUAACUCUGGAGUCACAGUUAAUGAAAUUUCGUCUCCAGGCAAGCAAGAUCAGAGAAUUGUUAGCAGAAAAGAUGCAGCAGCUUGAGAAACAAGUUAUAGAUGCUGAUCGUCAAGCAGAGAGAGCUUUUCAGCAGGUGCAGGUCAUGGAAGAAAAAUUAAAAGCAGCUAAUGUUCAAACGAGCGAAUCAGAAACCAGGUUGUAUAAGAGAUGUCAAGAUCUGGAGAUCCUGAUACAAGAUAAAAAUGACAUAAUACAAAAAUUGGAGCAACAACUUGAAGAACAGAAGCAAAUAAGACUGCAAGAAGCAAAAAUCAUAGAAGAAAAAGCAGCUAAAAUAAAAGAAUGGGUGACAGUCAAGCUCCAUGAGUUAGAGGUGGAAAAUCAGAACCUUCGCUUGAUCAACCAAAAGCAAACCAAAGAGAUGAAAACAGUACAAUCUAAACUGCAAGAAGCUACGGGCAAGAAAUCUGUUACUUCAACACAAAAACCUGGAGAGUGUCAGCGACUAAGCAGUUUGACUUUUGGAUGCUUUUCAAAUAGAGCAAGAAGUCCUCAACCAUCUCCUAAGUUUGAAGAAAUAAGCAAGUCUUCAUCUAAAGAGUCAGACUACACUGAAGGCAAAAACAUGCUAGAGGAUAUCCUGGAAACUACCUUUGCUGGUCCUGCACACGAGGCCAGUAAAGGUCAGAAGUCAUUGCAACAAAGUUCCUCUGGAUCAGAGCAGAACAAAAAUGUGAGAACAAGCUGUUCAUCCAAAGAUAUAGACAGCGACAUGUCAAAGAACUCCUGCACUACCGGGAGUGACUGGAGCUCAGACGAGGAUGGAGGAGACAAUAAAGGACUGAAAUCCAGGUGUGUGUCGACUCUUUCAAGCCACACAUCUGAAAAGAAUGCAAGGUACAGUAGAGCAGGAAGUGAAAUGUAUUUGACAGCAUCUGAUGACAGUAGUUCUCUCUUUGAAGAAGAGAGUUUUGGUGUUCAGAGGACUCAGCACAAGAAGUUAUACUCCUGGCAGCAAGGGUCCCAAAGAAAAGGCCAGAACAAUCCAGGUGGAAAGUGCAACUCUGACUUCACAAGUAAAAAGAAAGACCAAGAUAGUUCUUCAGAUGAACUGAAUAAGAAAUUUCAGUCUCAGAGGCUAGAUUAUUCAUCCUCAUCCAGUGAGGCAAAUACCCCAAGUCCAAUUUUAACCCCUGCUCUGACACCCAAACACCCAAUUGUAGCAACUUCUGCAGGUUCUCAAUGCACAACGCCAUCAGAUUCUCCCUCAAAUUUGCCACCUCCAAAGUUACGGACUCCUAAUGUGUUUAGUAUAAAUUCAGCAUUGGCAAAGAAACAUCUAAGCCAGCCCCAGCUGAGUUCUGACAGAAUGUUUGGUAGAAAUAGAAAUGCCAUAAGCAUGAUACGUCCAUGGAGACCUCAGGAAACAGACAUUGAUCUGGUUGAUGGAGAAGAUACUGAUAUUUUAGAGAAAAUGGAGAUUGGCUGUGAUGAAGGAGUGUUUACCUAUGACUGCACUGAAGCACAAAAUGCUGAAGCCCAGGAACCUUGUGAUACAGCAAAAAAGAGUGCUAGCAACAAACCUCCAACCCCUCCAUUGCAUCGAUUUCCUUCUUGGGAGAGCAGAAUUUAUGCUGUAGCCAAAUCUGGUUUAAGGAUGUCUGAAGCUUUCACCAUGGAAUCUCUCAACAAAAGUGCUGUUUCACUAACUUCAUACUCCAUAUCCGGAUUAUAUACAUCUCUGAUAUAUAAGAACAUGACCACUCCUGUCUACACCACUUUGAAAGGGAAAGCAACUCAAAUAAGCAACAGCCCAUUUAUAGAUGAGUCAUCAGGAUCUGAGGAAGAAGACAGCUCUCGGUCCAGCUCAAGGACUUCUGAGUCUGAUUCUCGAAGCAGAAGUGGUCCGGGUAGUCCUCGGGCUAUGAAACGAGGUGUGUCUCUGUCUUCUGUGACCUCAGAAAGUGACUAUGCUAUUCCUCCAGAUGCAUAUUCAGUAGAUACAGACUAUUCAGAGCCAGAGCAGAAACUUCCUAAGACCUCUUCCUCAUCUAGUGAUAACGGGAAAAAUGAACCUUUGGAAAAAUCUGGGUAUCUGUUAAAAAUGGGUGGUAAAGUAAAGACCUGGAAACGACGGUGGUUUGUGCUUAAAGGAGGCGAAUUACUAUACUACAAAUCCCCAAGUGAUGUCAUUCGAAAACCUCAAGGUCAAAUUGAGCUAAAUGCAUCUAGCCACAUUGAAAGGGGUGAUGGAAAACAAACAAUUCAGCUGACCACAGAAAAACGAACAUACUACCUGACUGCAGAUUCUCCCAACAUCUUAGAAGAAUGGAUCAAAGUACUACAGAAUGUUCUUAAAAUACAGGCUGCCAGCCCACUUUUCAUACAGCCCGAAAUAAGGCCAACCAUGAAAGGAUUACUUACAAAGGUGAAACAUGGAUAUUCCAAAAGAGUUUGGUGUACCCUAGUUGGAAAAAUUCUGUAUUAUUUCCGUAAUCAAGAAGACAAGUUUCCUCUUGGUCAAAUCAAGCUUUUUGAGGCAAAGGUUGAAGAAGUUGAUAGAUCAUGUGAUUCUGAUGAAGAUUAUGAGGCUAGUGGUCGCAGUUUAUUAUCAACACAUUACACUGUUGUUAUCCACCCCAAAGAUCAAGGACCCACUUAUCUUCUUAUAGGAUCCAAACACGAGAAGGACAUGUGGCUUUACCAUCUGACAGUUGCAGCUGGAAGUAGCAGCGUAAAUGUUGGAUCUGAGUUUGAACAACUUAUUUGCAAAUUAUUAAAUAUGGAAGGCGAUACCACUUCUCAGAUUUGGAGACAUCCUACCCUUUGCCACAGCAAAGAAGGAAUUGCUUCCCCUCUUACAACAUUGCCAUCAGAAGCCUUGCAAACUGAAGCAAUUAAAUUAUUUAAGACCUGCCAGUUGUUUAUAAAUGCUGCAGUUGACUCUCCUGCCAUUGAUUACCAUGUAUCUUUGGCCCAAAGUGCUUUGCAGAUCUGCCUCACACAUCCUGAACUUCAAAAUGAGAUCUGUUGUCAGCUUAUUAAACAGACUAGACGUCGACAUCCACAAAACCAGGCAGGACCAAUACAGGGCUUGCAACUCUUGGCUCUCUGCGUUGGACUCUUUCUGCCCCAGCACCCAUUCCUUUGGCUCCUUAAACUUCAUUUAAAGAAGAAUGCAGAUUCCAGGACUGAAUUUGGGAAAUACGCAAUAUAUUGUCAGCGAUGUGUAGAGCGUACCCAGCAGAAUGGACACCGAGAAGCCAGACCUUCCAGAAUGGAAAUCCUUUCCACUCUUCUAAGAAACCCCUACCACCAUUCACUGCCCUUUAGUAUUCCAGUUCAUUUCAUGAAUGGCAUAUAUCAGGUUGUUGGGUUUGAUGCUUCUACCACAGUGGAGGAAUUUCUGAACACCCUGAACCAGGACACAGGGAUGAGGAAACCAGCUCAGUCAGGAUUUGCACUGUUUUCUGAUGAUCCCUCUGGCAAGGAUAUAGAGCACUGUCUUCAAGGAAACAUCAAGAUCUGUGACAUUAUUUCAAAAUGGGAGCAAGCCUCCAAAGAACAACACCCUGGGAAAUGUGAAGGCACAAGGACUGUCCGCCUUACUUACAAAAAUAGGCUUUAUUUUUCAGUUCAAGUCCAUGGGGAGACAGACAGAGAGAAGCUGCUGCUAGUAUAUCAGACAAAUGAUCAAAUAGUCAAUGGACUUUUCCCCGUAAACAAAGAACUAGCGAUGGAAUUGACAGCUCUUUUAGCUCAGGUAGAGAUUGGAGAUUUUGAACGGCCUUUCUCAACUCCAGCAGGGCAAGUCACUUCCCAGUCCAAGUCCAAUCAAACAUUAAAACAAGUUUUGGAGAGAUUCUACCCUAAGAGAUACAGGCAUGGUUGUUCAGAGGAACAAUUAAGACAGCUUUGUCAGCGAUUGUCUACAAGAUGGAUGGCUCUCCGGGGGCACAGUGCUGCAGACUGUGUGCGCAUUUAUCUCACUGUAGCCAGAAAAUGGUCUUUCUUUGGUGCGAAAUUGUUUGCAGCAAAACCUUUAGCAACAUCCUCAGUUGAGAAGUCCUUCAUAUGGUUUGCUGUACAUGAAGAUGGCAUAAGCAUCCUAGAUUACAGCUCUAUGCGAUUAACAGUUACGUACACAUAUAAGAGUCUGAUGACUUUUGGAGGCUAUCAAGAUGAUUUUAUGUUGGUUAUUAACAAUGCUCAGACAAAGGACAAAUCAACUGAAAAACACCUUUUUGCCAUGACAAAACCAAAGAUUCUUGAGAUCACUCUACUGAUUGCCAGCUAUAUUAACAACUUUCAUCAGCUGAAAGGAGUUGCUCAUCACCUCUCUGCUCCAGCAUUACUGACACCUCAAAGUGGACAGAAACUCAAGGAAAUGGGGAGUCAGCCCCUUCUUGCAAACAACAGACCAACUAAAUGUCCCACUUUGUUAUGAAAGGAUUAUGUAUCAUGACAAUGCAUCUUUGUUACAGGGUUUCUACAGUGAUUGAAAACUUUUUGAUGUACAAGACGUCGAGCAUAAGCAGGUCCAUAAACAAAAGAAAGGCGGACAGGUUUACAUUCAUUUCAAUGCUAUACAACAGGAGGAGCCCUUUAAUUAAAGCCCUGGCCUGAACGGGAAUGAUGAUGAGCCGAUUUAAGGAUUAUGCUUUACUGGUGGUGGCUUGUGCCUACAGCUCAGAAAUAAAUGUGUCUGUUGAUAGUGAUGGGGAAGGGUGGCCUUGGGAACAAUUGUAUAGAUUUUAGUAGUUUUCCAGAUACUUACUCAGGGACCAAACUGUGUUCAACUCUUCAUCUCUGUUUUUCAAAACUAUACAAGUUGUAUAACCUUCAUUUUGAAAAGGAAUUUUGUUUAAAAAGAGUCAAAUACAAAAUAUUUUCCACUUCCAGCACCCGUCCUUAUUUGCAAUACAAGCACCAUGGGACUAAAAAGAACGAAUCGUUUGAUUUAUAUAUUUUUUUUCUCCUUUAAAAAAACCCCAUAAGCACAUCAUGUAACUAUUACAAAUUUAAAGAGUAUUCUCAUGAUACACUCUAGCUUUUGUUAUACAGCUAUUUUACUUGGCAGAUCUUCAGCCUUGGUCUGGUAAAUUUCUAAAUAAUCUCUCUCUGCCCCAGCCUUUUGGAAAAAUCUAAAUUGGACAGGCACUGUAUUUAGUAUAGUUUUGUUAAACAAGAUCCUGUACCUAAUUUCUUCUUUAAUCCAGAAUAAUAAUAUAAUACAGAUGCAAGAAUGACUCACAAUUCAAAACACAAGAAUAACACAGAAAGCCAUUGCUUGAACCAUUGUGAGUAAACUUGGAGACAUAUGUGACAUAAAAUCCAUGUAUAAUGUGUAUAAUGUAUAUACAUUGAUU